AGAAAAAAAUAACGGAAAAAGAAUAACCAGCAUUUGCUCUUGGAAAUAAGAUGGGUCUGAAAUUCAGGAUAACGUGAAGAAAGGAAUAUCUCAACUUGAACAAGCAACUCACAUGGUGAAUGAACUUGGUCUUUUUAGCCGUAAUGAAGAGAUUGAAGAGUGUCCUACUGCUCAUAUAAGAUAUCUACUUCUACCUGCAUUCCUUGGUGAUAUGACUCUCAAGUUUCAAGAUGAUGAUAGACUCAGUAUCAUUCAGAAAGCCAAGGCUUAUUUCAGAGAUUACAUCAGGAGAUGUAGGGAUUAUGGUGUAACAAAAGAGGAGAUACCAGAAGAACCACCUGAGGAAUCUGAUCCUAUACCAAGACCUAGUGGCAGACCUAACCUUGCAGCUAUGCAGAGUAAUAGAGAAGCAAAGAUAAGACGGUAUAAGGAAGCCAAGGAAUUGAACCAAAAAUUGACUGACUUAGGUGACUGGGAAGUAAUAGAAAGAAGAGAAGAAGAUGUGAAGAGGGAAUUCUUUCUCUUGAUGCUCAAGAAGUGGGUAUCGACAUCUUUGGAGCAGCUAAACAGCAUUCAACAAGAAAUAGAAAUCUUACAGCACAUGGCCAAGAUGAAGAAAGGAGAGAAUCAAUGCCAGGAUGGUAAUUCAACAAAGAGAAAAGAACCACCUCCCAAAGAACAUAGGAAGCCCAUGAAACCGUUCAUAUUAACAAAGGAUGCCCUCCAAGCUCAGGUAUUUGGUGCUGGUUACCCAAGUAUACCAACCAUGACAAUAGAUGAUUUCUACCAGAAAGAGAUUAGAGAAGGAAAAAUACAACUUGGUUCAAUGAAUCAACCACAGAUGAGUGAGAAAGAAGAAGUUGAAGCAAUUGAUAUAAGGAAAGAGAGAGAAAUAGAACAAGAUGAUCCAGAAGCUCUCAGGAAAUCAAGAGAAUGGGAUGAAUGGAAAGACGACCAUAAAAGAGGAUGGGGAAACCGUGAGAACAGAAGCUGAUUGGAGCCUGACUAGUGGACUAAAUCAUGGUCUUCAUGACUCAUAGUUACAGAAGAGAAAAGGACAUGAGAGAUUAUCAUCUCAUCCAAUCAGAUCUUCACUGAUGGACUACAGACCUUUCUCGGACAUCAUCCAAAGCCAAAUGAGAUGUAACAUUUGAUGUAUGGAGUAAUAGCUUUGGUUGAGAGUAAUUUUGAUCGAAUGCUAUCUGUCCAGUAAUGGUUUAUGAAUGUCACCAGGAUAGAAUAGAAUAGAAUGGUAAUGCACAUGGAUUAUUUUCAAAAUUGUGAAUACCAAAAUGAAUGUGGAAUAACAGAUUUUCUGUGGAAGAAUUAAGAGAAGUGGUAUUCUUUUAGAGAUGGUUGGAUUUUACAGUAUUCCAAUCAUUCUAACGAUGGCAAAGCAAUGAGAUUACAUGGGAUGUAUCUAAUGCAGCCUUUCUAUGACAAGAAGACAGACAUCAUUGAUGGAGCCCAAGCCCAAAUCAAUUGCAUGCUUCAUAUGAUGUGAUAUAUGAUUAAUAAUGUAAUCAAAUCUAUAAGAUCAGAUUAUGUUCUCAAAUUUGAUUUAGGAAUUGAUAAUGAUGAGUCCUAAACUUUCAAUACAUUUUGUACAAAUCAAAGUUAGAUAACAGACUUAGUUUCUGAUUUUGUUAUAUUAAAGGGGGAAAAAACCUGAAAUGUAUUACUAUUCUGUCAACAUGAUUUUUCAUUUUAGAUCAUAAUUUGAUUUUUUUUUAAACAAAAUAAAACUAUUAAAAGUAGCACCCUUAUGCUGCCUACAUCAAGUCUAUGAUGAUUAACUUUAGCAAAAUUGUUUUUCUUAGAAUAGGAUUAAUUAUUUUCAUUUAUUUUCAAAAUAAUUUAGGUAUCCUGUUGAGAGCCCCCCCCCCCCCCCCCCCGCCCUGUCUACAUCAGAGAGAUUGGAUGGUGUCUUUAAAAGUGCAUGAUUUGGUAAACUGCAGAAUACAACUAUCUAUUCAGACCUGUUAUUGGAAUAUGUCAUUUGAAACAUUAAUUAUAAAAAAUGAGUUUAUGGCAUUGAAUUUUAAAUAGGAAUAUUGAUAUAUUUGAUUAUAUUUAAAAGUAUUAAAUUUGAAAUAAGAAAACACACACAUUCUUGGCCAUCUAUUCACAUGCAUGUGAUUAGAAGUAAGUUCACACAUCCCCUGUGUGAGGUUAAAAGAGGUCAUUUCCUGAUGAUGUAUUUGAGGUGAAUGUGAAUGCUAUGUAACUGCUAUGUGCUUUGAUUAAUGCAUAAUGCUCUCAUUUGUUUCAAACAUCAUCACACGGUGGACCCGCCCAAAUUAUUUUGUCCAAUCUGGCAUUUCUCUUUCCUCAGGUUAAGGUGAUGUACAUAAGUUUAUUACUAAGGAAUGAUUUAUUUCUUGCCACCAAACAACUUAAAAUUUCAAGCAAAAAAGCACAAGGGGCAUGUGUAAUAAAGGACUUGUAAUUAUUACUAUUAUAUUUUAAUGGCUGCAGCCAGUUAAAAUAUAGAUCACCAUGGUAGUUUUGAUUAAUGGCGAAAGUUAACAUAAGUGUAAGUUUUUUGUUAUAUUUGGCACACUGUAAUCCAGAUUCAUAAAAUUAUAUUCAUCAACCAGUUCCACUCAAAUUCAAAUACGAGGCUUUAACUGACAUGAGAAAACGUUCUUUAUUCCACAAUCAUGAAAAUUUACCUGCUUGUUUUAUAAGGUUUUAUUUGCUAUGCUGCAAGCUCCAUCAUGCCUUCAUGAUGCUUGUACAUGUAGCUAUUACAGCUUGUUUUAUAAGGUUUUAUUUGCUAUGCUGCAAGCUCCAUCAUGCCUUCAUGAUGCUUGUACAUGUAGCUAUUACAGCUUGUUUUAUAAGGUUUUAUUUGCUAUGCUGCAAGCUCCAUCAUGCCUUCAUGAUGCUUGUACAUGUAGCUAUUACAGCUUGUUUUAUAAGGUUUUAUUUGCUAUGCUGCAAGCUCCAUCAUGCCUUCAUGAUGCUUGUACAUGUAGCUAUUACAGCUGGCGCUGUUGAUGAUGCAGAAUGUCUACACACCAAUCAGAUUAACCUUUUCAAUUAUUUAAGAGGCUUGAACUGUUUGACCACAAUAGAACUUUAAUAUUUAUUGUUUAUUUUGUGAGAGCCAAAAAAGAGUUCUAAAGUUUUUAUUUUACUGGAUACAUAUGGAAUAUAUUGUCAUUUGUUAAUAGUAUUACAAUACAAUAAAUAUAUGUGACUGAAAUAUGAAAAGUUCUUUAAUUUUCUGUCUUCAGAUCAUGGAAAAUAUAUUUGCCAAAUCCUUAUGCCUAGGUCACAUUUUACCAAUAAUGAACCUUUGUAACCUGUAAACACUUACUUUCCAUAUCAUAAGAGCCUCUCUCUAGAGCCAAACUGUUAUACAAUUAUUCUACAUUCACAGGUCCGUCUCUGGCCUUGUAGCCUCUACUGUUGUGUUAAGCGUUAAAUUUGAAGAAAAAAAAAAUCAAAAUUUAUAAGCCUGCAUAUCUAUUGUAGAUGGCAUUGCACAAUGGUAUGGAGGUUGUGAUAAUUGUACAAUGAUCAAGUAAAAUACAUGAAUUGCAUGAUUUUUGUUGAUAUCGUGAUUUAAAUUUUUAUGUAGAAGCUAAGAGGAUCACAAGGCAGCAACACGUCUGCAUGAUCUCCAAACAGCUUCUAAAAAGCCUACUUUGUUUUUACUCUGAGCAAGAAUACUUGUGUAUGAUGUGAAUACAUUCAUUAUUUAUGUAACCAUCUAUGAUAGUCUGUAUCUUGUGGAAUGUGCCCUAAAUAUUAUCAUAGGAGAAUCCAACCUAUAUGGAAAGGGUGAAUGUUUAAAUGAAAUCUGCAAGUCAUAAAGAAAGUUGUAAUCUGUAAACCAAAGGGGUAUCAAAUUGGCCACUAUUGUGAUGAAGGGUAGGGACAAUAUUCCAUUUGCACCAUAAGAUAUUCAAAUGCAAUAUUCACCAAUUUUAAUGAGAAUUAUAUUUUAUUUUAUGAGAUAUUACAUUAUGGUAUUUUUUUUACAAAGUAAAUAGAAGAGGAGUCCCUGCCAUAUGUCAAUAUCUACUGAAAUGAUAGUUUUCAAAACUGAGUGUUUAAAUUCUAACCUUUACAUUUCUUGUUUUGCCUUCCACAUCAACCCAUUUCAUUGACUAUGUUGGACUCCUCUUUAACUACAAUACAUAUACAUGUAUACCAAAUUUAGAUACCAUCAUCAUUGUAAACUUCCAGUAGAGUAAGCUGAUCAUUCUAGUAUUGUGUGUACAGCGCUUUGUAACCAAAAGGAAAAGAUGCUAUAUCAAAUGACUACUGUAAUGCAGGGCUCCACACUAACCCUUUUUUUCUAAUGGCCCCACCUGAUCAUGUCGGACCAGUAGUCAGUUCUUUCAUUUUCUACUAGUCCAAAUCUAAAAUUUACUGGUCUCUAAAGAUAAAGAAAAACAUGUAAAAGGCUGGAGUUUAUUUUGCUAUCGUUUUAUUUCUUAUUGUUACCCCCAGAAAAACAAAAACUUACAAUCAAAUGGUACACAUACACAACAUAAUUCAUUAAAGCCAUUUCUCAAUUUUGUAGAGCAUUUUUAGUGAGACACCAGAGCCUUAAUUUACAAAAGAGAUGAAAAUAUCAUUUGUAUCAGUAAGAAAAAAUAUUUACUUGUCAUUUCGUUCCACCCUGACAUCAGGUUUGAAAGAAAAAGAAAACGCAGAUGAAUAAUGGAAGGAUACUAAAGAUUUGACGAAAACUGUAUAUAUACAGUUUUUAUGUUUUUUACACAUUACUUGCUAGAAGCUACCCCAUAGGAAUACCUCCUAAAUCUAUAAUGCUCCACAAUGACUGAAGACAUUUUCUCAUCUGAUCAGGCUUGAAAUAAUAUGUCUGAUACAUGUUGCAUCAUAAAAUCAUUUUUAAUUUUUUCAGAAGAUUUAUAUAUGACAUAUGGGGUAGCAGGUGGCAUGGGAUGUCAAGAAGUUAUUAAACACAUAAUACAAUCAUAACCGACUCUAAUGGAUUCGUACCAGACCAUUUAUGUUUCUUUCCUUUUCUUUUUUAAUUAAAAACCAAUUUGAUGUCUGGGUGAACCUUCCUUUUCAACAUGGUACACAACACAAUACUUCAUAACAUAAACAGAAAUUCAUUCAUUCAUUGCCUUUAGAUAUAUUUCUUCAUUUAUUCCUAAUUUAAAAUACAUGAUUAUCAUCCAUAGACCUCCAUUUAUCAGGAUACAUUUCUUAAAACCUCUACUCAUGGCCAAAAUUCAUAAAGGUUUCAAUCAUGAGUCUGUGCAUCAACCACAAUAUGGCACAGUGUGUCUGCGCUCUCAGAUUCAACUCUCAAAAGAUUAUAUUUUUCAUUUAGUUUUGAACACAACAUUCUGCAGCACUGGGGCAAACGAAUUAUCCUAGGUUGGUUAAAUGUUUGGAGCCUAGCUCAUAUCCAAUUCAUACACAGAAAUUUUGUUGGGUGUACUGUCUUUUGCAUAUGGUUGAACAGGCCUUACAACUAUUUGAAAUGUUCAUGAAGGUGAUUGCAACCUGUCUCCUACUAAGAUGAUCUUAUGAUGAGGAAGAUACCAUUACAAUUCAGUACCCAACACAUUCAAUGUACAUAACAAAUCCUCUUAGCAUUGGGUAUAAACCAAGGAAGUGUUUAAAAAAAAUUAUCAACCUACAUGUAUUGCCAUAACAUUAAAUAUGCCACAAAUGACAACACAGUAUUUGACACAUAUAGAACAAAGGUCUUCCAUGUCUUUCCUCCAAGACCAACAUGUAUUCACAGUCUGAGGAAGUACAGUAGAUUCUGCUCAACCUUUCAAGUCCAAGAAUUGUUUUUAAAAUCAAAGCAUUUUUUUUUUCAAAACAGAAUUCAUUUACAUC